AAUAAUGGUUAAUUCCAAUCACAUGCUACUGUUGUAGUAUGCUUCGAUUCUUCAUUGAAUUACUUGCUGGUCUAUGGCGCAUCAUUCUGGUUAUGAUUGGGCUUGGUACACCACAAACAGCAAUCUCGGACAAGUUAGAAAUCUUUGUCAGGACCAAUACUGGGGAAAAGGUCUUUGUUUGCCUUGAUCCAUCAUGGACAGUGGAAAAAAUAAAAAUUGCCUUAGCCCCAAAACUGAAUAGUUCCAGCAAAGACUUAAGAAUUAUUUUUGCCGGAAAAGAAUUACUAGACGAUAUGGUGAUUCGUGAUUGUGAUCUUGGAAAUCACAGCUUCCUUCAUGCAGUCAGGGUGGUAUCUAAGGAUAAAGGUGGAAAUGGGUCAACAAGCAUUGCUUCAACUUCUGCUGUCAGUAAUGUGGAAUACCUGAAUGAAGUCUCAAGCUUUGAGAGAGCAGCUAAAGAGAAGUCUGUGGAAUCACUUAAGAAAUUGGAAAGUAGGGCUGACCAGUCAACUAGUUCAUCCACUGACAAAUUAGAGGGACAGACAACAAAAGCUGAAAUUUUGACAGCCUCUGGAGUAUCUGCACCACCUUCUGAGUCAACUGAACCAUCUUCUAUGCUGACAGGCCGCAGUUGCCGGCUGUUGUGUGAUGCAUCCACAGCUAUGACAAUACAGAUGACUGAGGCUGAACAAAAGACCAUCCGUGACCUUAUGAACUCUGAUGGUGAGAGGGAACGUCCGCACUUCUAUGUGUAUUGUGUAAAGCCGUGUAACUCAGUGCAAGUGGGUAAACUGCGAGUAAGAUGUGUCUCUUGUAAACAAGGGGCUCUUACUCUUCAUCGUGAUCCUUGUAACUGGCAAGAUGUUCUCAACCCAGGCCAGAUCUCUGCUACCUGUGAGACUGUAGGUUGCAAUGGUUCUCAGGCUGAAUUCUUCUUCAAGUGUCGAAAUCAUGAAACUAGUGGAGAGGAUGACUCCUCAGUGGCCCUGUACCUUGUUCGUGCCAACCUUCCUGCUGUUCCUUGUUUGGCUUGUACAGACAUUUCGUCCCCCGUUGUGGUGUUUGAGUGUGUUGAUGCUCAUGUAAUGUGCCUUGAUUGUUUUGUUACAUUUUGUGUAUCAAGACUUAAUGAACGACAGUUUAUCCAAGAUUUAAGUCUAGGUUAUACAUUACCUUGUCCUAUUGGUUGUCCUGAUUCUCUAAUUCGUGAAGUACAUCACUUUAAGUUGAUGGGUGACAACCAUUAUGAGCGAUAUCAACGAUGGGGCACUGAGGAGGCUGUAUUAGCUGCUGGUGGUGUCUUGUGUCCAUAUCCCGGUUGUGGCCAAGGCAUCAUCCCAGACCAGGACUGUCGUAGAGUUGCAUGCACUGGUGGGUGUGGCUAUGUUUUUUGCCGACUCUGCCUACAAGGUUAUCAUAUAGGUGAAUGUCAUCCAGAGGAUGGGAAUGAGCUUAAUGUUGUGGAAGGCAGUGGAGGGUUUAGUGUUGAUCCUUCCCGGGCUGCAAGCUCUCGCUGGGAUGAGGCAACAUCAAUGGCUAUUCGUGUUACAACAAAGCCUUGUCCUAAAUGCCGAACUCCUACAGAACGUGACGGUGGAUGCAUGCAUAUGGUGUGCACACGUGGUUCAUGUGGCUUUCAUUGGUGCUGGGUUUGUCAGACUGAAUGGACACGUGAAUGUAUGGCAGCUCAUUGGUUUGGCUAGCUAACUGAUAUAGAAAAAAAUCAGACUUUUAAUGUAAAUAGGUGUAAACUAAGGUACUGUACAGUAAAAAAAAAAAAAAAAAAACUAAUGCUUCCAAAUUAUCAUCAAGGCAGGACGACACAAAAAUAAGUUGAUCGCUUAUAGUAUAAAGGUCUUUUCACAAAAGCAAAGACAUCACUAUUCAAAUGAACCAUCAGACUGCAACAUCCCCACCCAUCAUUUAGAGAACACUCCACCUCCAGAACUCGAAUCUGGCAAACUGGGUUUCCUGAAACCCUUGAUAGAUAUUACCUUGCUCACACUUCAGCAUCAUCCUCUUCUUUCAACAAACCGGCCAUAUCCCACCAAAGCAGAGUGGCCCAAAAAGGAAAGUUUCUCUUUUUAACUUUAGUACUAAUGUUUACAGGAGAAGGGGUUACUAGCCCCAUGCUCCUGGCAUUUUAGUUGCCUCUUACGACAUGCAUGGCUUACGGAGGGAAAAUUCUGUUCCACUUCCCCAUGGAGAUAAGAGGAAAUAAACAAGAACUAGUAAGAAAAUAGAAGACAGCCCAGAGGGGUGUGUAUGUAUAUGCUUGUACAUCAAUGUUUAUUUAGUUGUAGCUGCAGUUAGAGUAAGAGCUAGAUGAGACAAAAGGAAAAUGGCAACAGCUAGUAAGAGAGGUGAAGGUGAGAUAUAUGCAACUAUUGGCAGAAAGGUGGGCUAAUGCAAAUAUGAGUAGUGGGGGGUUGAAGAGGGUUGGAAUAGUUUUAAAAAUGCAGUAUUAGAAUGUGGGGCAGAAGUUUGUGGUUAUAGGAGGGUGGGUGCAGGAGGAAAGAGGAGUGAUUGGUGGAAUGAUGAAGUAAAGAGUGUGAUAAAAGAGAAAAAGAUAGCUUAUGAAAGAAAUUUUGCAGAAAAUAAGAAGAAAAUUUGGAGUGAGAUAAACAAGUUAAGAAAACUUAGGGAACGAAUGGAUUUGUCAGUUAAAAACAGAGUAGGGGAGUUAAUAGAUGGGAAGCUGGAGGUAUUGGGUAGAUGGCAGGAAUAUUUUGAGGAACUUUUAAAUGUCGAUGAAGUAAGUAAUUUCAUGCACUGGUCAGGGGGGUAUAACAUCUUUUAGGAGUGAAGAAGAGCAGGAUGUGAGUGUGGGGGAGGUGCGUGAGGCAUUAUGUAGAGCGAAAAGGGGUAAAGCAGCUGGAACUGACGGGAUCAUGACAGAAAUGUUAAAGCAGGGGGGAUAUAGUGUUGAAUUGGUUGGUAUUUUUGUUUAAUAAAGGGUGUGAUAAAAGAGAAAAAGGUAGCUUAUGAGAGGUUUUUACAAAGCAGAAGUGUUAUAAGAAGAGCAGAGUAUAUGGAGAGAAAAAGAAAGGUAAAGAGAGUGGUGAGAGAGUGCAAAAGGAGAGCAGAUGAUAGAGUGGGAGAGGCACUGUCAAGAAAUUUUAAUGAAAAUAAGAAAAAAUUUUGGAGUGAGUUAAACAAGUUAAGAAAGCCUAGGGAAAGUAUGGAUUUGUCAGUUAAAAACAGAGUAGGGGAGUUAGUAGAUGGGGAGAUGGAGGUAUUAGGUAGAUGGUGAGAAUAUUUUGAGGAACUUUUAAAUGUUAAGGAAGAAACAGAGGCAGUAAUUUCAUGCACUGGUCAGGGAGGUAUACCGUCUUUUAGGAGUAAAGAAGAGCAGAAUGUAAGUGUGGGGGAGCUACGUGAGGCAUUAUGUAAAAUGAAAGGGGGUAAAGCAGCUGGAACUGAUGGGAUCAUGACAGAAAUGUUAAAAGCAGGGGGGGAUAUAGUGUUUGAGUGGUUGGUACUUUUGUUUAAUGUAUGAAAGAGGGGAAGGUACCUAGGGAUUGGCAGAGAGCAUGUAUAGUCCCUUUAUGUAAAGGGAAAGGGGACAAAAGAGACUGUAAAAAUUAUAGAGGAAUAAGUUUACUGAGUAUACCAGGAAAAGUGUACGGUAGGGUUAUAAUUGAAAGAAUUAGAGGUAAGACAGAAUGUAGGAUUGUGGAUGAGCAAGGAGGUUUCAGAGUGGGUAGGGGAUGUAGGAUGUAGGGGAUGUAGAUCAAGUGUUUACAUUAAAGCAUAUAUGUGAACAGUAUUUAGAUAAAGGUAGGGAAGUUUUUAUUGCAUUUAUGGAUUUAGAAAAGGCAUUUGAUAGAGAGGAUAGAGGAGCAAUGUGGCAGAUGUUGCAAGUAUAUGGAAUAGGUGGUAAGUUAUUAAAUGCUGUAAAGAGUUUUUAUGAGGAUAGUGAGGCUCAGGUUAGGGUGUGUUGAAGAGAGGGAGACUACUUCCCGGUAAAAGUAGGUCUUAGACAGGGAUGUGUAAUGUCACCAUGGUUGUUAAAUAUAUUUAUAGAUGGGGUUGUAAAGGAAGUAAAUGCUAGGGUGUUCGGGAGAGGGGUGGGAUUAAAUUUUGGGGAAUCAAAUUCAAAAUGGGAAUUGACACAGUUACUUUUUGCUGAUGAUACUGUGCUUAUGGGAGAUUCUAAAGAAAAAUUGCAAAGGUUAGUGGAUGAGUUUGGGAAUGUGUGUAAAGGUAGAAAGUUGAAAGUGAACAUAGAAAAGAGUAAGGUGAUGAGGGUGUCAAAUGAUUUAGAUAAAGAAAAAUUGGAUAUCAAAUUGGGGAGGAGGAGUAUGGAAGAAGUGAAUGUUUUCAGAUACUUGGGAGUUGACGUGUCGGCGGAUGGAUUUAUGAAGGAUGAGGUUAAUCAUAGAAUUGAUGAGGGAAAAAAGGUGAGUGGUGCGUUGAGGUAUAUGUGGAGUCAAAAAACGUUAUCUAUGGAGGCAAAGAAGGGAAUGUAUGAAAGUAUUGUAGUACCAACACUCUUAUAUGGAUGUGAAGCUUGGGUGGUAAAUGCAGCAGCGAGGAGACGGUUGGAGGCAGUGGAGAUGUCCUGUUUAAGGGCAAUGUGUGGUGUAAAUAUAGCAGAAAAUUCGGAGUGUGGAAAUUAGGAAAAGGUGUGGAGUUAAUAAAAGUAUUAGUCAGAGGGCAGAAGAGGGGUUGUUGAGGUGGUUUGGUCAUUUAGAGAGAAUGGAUCAAAGUAGAAUGACAUGGAAAGCAUAUAAAUCUAUAGGGGAAGGAAGGCGGGGUAGGGGUCGUCCUCGAAAGAGUUGGAGAGAGGGGGUAAAGGAGGUUUUGCGGGCAAGGGGCUUGGACUUCCAGCAAGCGUGCGUGAGCGUGUUAGAUAGGAGUGAAUGGAGACGAAUGGUACUUGGGACCUGACGAUCUGUUGGAGUGUGAGCAGGGUAAUAUUUAGUGAAGGGAUUCAGGGAAACCGGUUAUUUUCAUAUAGUCGGACUUGAGUUCUGGAAAUGGGAAGUACAAUGCCUGCACUUUAAAGGAGGGGUUUGGGAUAUUGGCAGUUUGGAGGGAUAUGUUGUGUAUCUUUAUAUGUGUAUGCUUCUAAACUGUUGUAUUCUGAGCACCUCUGCAAAAACAGUGAUAAUGUGCGAGUGUGGUGAAAGUGUUGAAUGAUGAUGAAAGUAUUUUCUUUUUGGGGAUUUUCUUUCUUUUUUUGGGUCACCCUGCCUCGGUGGGAGACGGCCGACUUAUUGAAAAAAAAAAAAAAAAAAUGUACGAAAGAGGAGAAGGUACCUAGGGAUUGGCAGAGAGCUUGUAUAGUUCCUUUAUAUAAAGGGAAGGGAGGACAAAAGAGAUUGUAAAAAAUUAUAGGGAAAUAAAUUUUUUAAGUAUACCAGGAAAAAUGUACGGUUGGGUUAUUAUUGAGAGAAUUAGAGGUAAGACAGAGAGUAGGAUUGCAGAUGAGCACAGAGGCUUUAGAGUGGGUAGGGGAUGUGUAGAUUAAGUGUUUACAUUGAAGCAUAUAUGUGAACAGUAUUUAGAUAAAGGUAGGGAAGUUUUCAUUGCAUUUAUGGAUUUAGAAAAGGCAUAUGAUAGAGUGGAUAGGGGAGCAAUGUGGCAGAUGUUGCAAGUGUGUGGAAUAGGUAGUAAGUUACUGAAUGCUGUAAAGAGUUUUUAUGAGGAUAGUGAGGCUCAGGUUAGGGUGUGUAGGAGAGAGGGAGAUUACUUCCUGAUAAAAGUAGGUCUUAGACAGAGAUGUGUAAUGUCACUAUGGUUGUUUAAUAUAUUUAUAGAUGGGGUUUGAAGGAGGUAAAUGAUAGGGUGUUGGGGGGAGGGGUGGGAUUAAAUUAUGGGGUAUCAAGUACAAAAUUUGUACAAUGCCUGCACUUUAAAGGAGGGGUUUGGGAUAUUGGCAGUUUGGAGGGAUAUGUUGUGUAUCUUUAUACGUAUAUGCUUCUAAACUGUUGUAUUCUGAGCACCUCUGCAAAAACAGUGAUAAUGUGUGAGUGUGGUGAAAGUGUUGAAUGAUGAUAAAAGUAUUUUCUUUUUGGGGAUUUUCUUUCUUUUUUGGGUCACCCUGCCUCGGUGGGAGACGGCCGACUUGUUGAAAAAAAAAAAAAGAACAAAAUGGGAGUCGACACAGUUACUUUUUGCUGAUGAUACUGUGCUUAUGGGAGAUUCUAAAGAAAAGUUGCAAAGGUUAGUGGAUGAGUUUGGGAGGGUGUGUAAAGGUAGAAAGUUGAAAGUGAACAUAGAUAAGAGGAAGGUGAUGAGGGUAUGAAACGAUUUAUAUAAAGAAAAAUUGGAUAACACAUUGGAGAGAGGGAGCAUGGAAGAAGUGAAUGUUUUUAGAUAUUUGGGAGUUGACGUGUCAGCGGAUGGGUUUGUGAGGGAUGAGGUUAACCAUAGAAUUGAUGAAGGAAAAAAGGUGAGUGGUGCAUUAAAUUAAGGUAUAUGUGGAGACAAAAAACGUUAUCUAUGGAGGCAAAGAAGAGAAUGCAUGAAAGUAUAGUGGUACCAACACUCUUAUAUGGGUGUGAAGCUAGGGUUGUAAAUGCUGCAGCGAGGAGGUGGUUGGAGGCAGUGGAGAUGUCCUUUCUAAGGUCAAUGUGUGGUGUAAAUAUUAUGCAGAAAAUUCGGUGUGUGGAAAUUAGGUGAAGGUGUGGAGUUAAUAAAAGUAUUAGUCAGAGGGCUGAAGAAGGGUUGUUGAGGCAGUUUGGUCAUUUAGAGAGAAUGGAUAAAAGUAGAAUGACAUAGAGAGUGUAUAAAUCUGUAGGGGAAGGAAAGAGGGGUAGGGGUCAUCCUCGAAAAGGUUGGAGGGAGGGGGUAAAAGAAGUUUUGUUGGCGAGGGGCUUAGAUUUCCAGCAAGCGUGUGUGAGCAUGUUAGAUAGGAGUGAAUGGAGAUGAAUGGUUUUUGGGACCUGAUGAGCUGUUGGAGUGUGAAGGGAUUCAGGGAAACCGGUUAUUUUUAUAUAGCCAGACAUGAGUACUGGAAAUGGGAAGAACAAUGCCUGCACUUUAAAGGAGGAGUUUGGGAUAUUGGCAGUUUGGAGGGAUAUAUUAUAUUUCUUUAUACAGUGGACCCCUGGUAUUCGAUGGCAUCGGUAUUCGAUAAAUCCGGUAUUCGAUGCAUUAUAUCGCAAAAAAUUUUCCUCGGUAUUCGAUUGAAAACCCGGUAUUCGAUACGAUUCGUACGAGACCUGUUCACAUGUGGCCUGAACUGCCCCUUGUGUGCCAGUGUUUACAAGCUAGCCAGUGUGCGCACAUCUAAGGAUACAUUCGGUACAUUCCAUAUUAUCCAUAUUAUCACUGUGUUUGGUGCUUGUUUCUGCAAAAUAAGUCAACAUGGGCCCCAAGAAAGCUUCUAGUGCCAACCCUGUGGUAAAAAGGGUGAGAAUUAGUAUGGAAAUUAAGAAAGAUUUUGAAGGGUUUGGGGCUAACCCUGAGAAACCUAUACCAGUUGUGGAAUACAUUGUGCCUACUUAAAAAAUUAAGGAAAUGUGUGCACAGUGGAUUGAAGUGCAAACCUUUAUGGAUGAAAAUCACCCUAACACAGCUAUUACAAUGACAAUGUUGUGGCCCAUUUUAGACAAAUCGUAAAGGAACGGGAGGUACAGAGCUCUAUGGACAGAUUUGUUGUGCGACAGAGGUCCAGUGACUCUCAAGCUGGUCCUAGUGGCAUUAAAAGAAGAAGGGAAGUAACCCUGGAAAAGGACUUGCUACCUCAAGUCCUAAUGGAAGGGGAUUCCCCUUCUAAACACUAACACCUCUCCCCUCCUUCCAUCCCAUCAAUCAUCACCAGAUCUUCAUUAAAGGUAAGUGUCAAUUAUUUUAUUGUUAUUGUAAUUAUUCUAUUGUAUUAAACUUAAUAUUUCAUGUAGUGAAAUUUUUUUUUUCAUAUUUUGGGUGUCUUGCACGGAUUAAUUUGAUUUUCAUUAUUUCUUAUGAGGAAAAUUGAUUCGGUUUUCGAUAUUAUCAGUAUUCGAUGAGCUCUCAGGAACACAUUAAUAUCGAAUACCGGGGGUCCACUGUAUAUGCUUCUAAAUGUUGUAUCUGGGUGCCUCUGCAAAGACAGUGAUUAUGUAUGAGUGAGGUGAAAGUGUUGAAUGAUGAUGAAUGUAUUUUCUUUUUGGGGAUUUUCUUUCUUUUUGGGUCACCCUGCCUCGGUGGGAGACGGCUGAUUUGUUGAAAAAAAAAAAUGCAUGUGUAGUAUGACCUAAGUGUAAGUAGAAGUAGCAAGCCGUACCUGAAAUUUUGCAUGUUUACGAGAUGGAAAAAAGACACCAGCAACCCUACCAUCAUGUAAAACAAUUAUAGGCUUUUGUUUUACACUCACUUGGCAGGAACUUCAGCAGCAUAUAUCAUAUAUAAAAAAUCACAUUUAUCCACUCUUUGUGAUCUAGUGUAGCUUACUUACACAUGCCUGAUGGAUGCUCAGUCCUCUUUCUCUCAAAAUCUCCUUCAUCCCUCCCCCUUCCCCCAGCUCAUCCUGGGACAUUCCCUUCUCCUUCCAUCCACUCCAGAUUUAUACACCCCUGUCCUGUCCUGUCUUUCUAAAUGACCAAACCAUUUCAUAACCCCCACCCCACCCAAUACCAUUAUAUGUACUCUACUGUACAUAAUUAUUUUUUAACAAAUUUUCUCACUUUUCAAAAUUUAAUGUAAAUUUUCUAUAUUCUUAUGAAAUGAAUUGUUCUAACCUAUAGUAAAUCUAUAUCACAUUAUAUAUACAGUAUAUUUUGGUAUUAUAAAACAGUGUGGUACAGUAGUAUCUGUUGUGCAAGAUAUAUUUAAUACAGUAUAUUUCCUAGAAGUUCAAAGAGGUUGUUAUUAGAAACCUCAACAUUUAAAGACCAUGCCUUGCACUAGUAAGUGUUGAUACCACUAUAUUCUGGUAUGUUUCCCUCUCUUGGACUCUAUGGGUAACCUUCCUUCCAGAUACCUCAACACUCCACCUACCUUCUUUCCUCUCACCUGUUCUUUGGUUCACCUCUUUUAUAGAUGCACUUGAAAAACACACACAUACUCCCAAAUAGCAAAAUACAUUCAUUCCUUCAUUCUCCAUCCCUCCAAUCUGAUAUCCAGUCUUUUAUUGUCUAGACUUUUUUUUUUUUGUUUUGUUUCGUCCCCUUGCUCUUUUUUUUUUCAUGUUCAAUUUUAAUUUUUAAUUUACACACCCUCCCAAACUCUACUAGUCUUUGCAACUUCUUUUCAGACUCUCCCAAAAGUACUAUCAUUGGCAAAGAACAAUGGUGGCAACUCCCACUUUGCACCAGAGCCAUUAUCUUUUAAUCUGGCACCUUUUCUAUCAAGGAAGGUGUUAUGAUGAGUCUCUUGAUCCAAGAAAUUGUAUUUAUCUUUCCAUUCCCCAGAGUGCCUCCCAUUCCCUCAGGCACUGUAUGACUCCUUUGAAUUUAGCACUCUCCCCUCAUAAUUGUAAUAAUAAUAAGAAAAUACCACCCAGCAACACCCAGGCAUUCACUUAUUUAUAAGCCCAUCUAAAAAUAUAUUAAACAACCAUGGCGACAUCUUUGUCUAAGACCUAUUGUAGUUUUGCUGGAAAAUAUUCCCCAUCAGUUGUACAUACCCUAACCUGAGCCUUACUGUCUACAUAAACCUCUUAUUGCAUGUAGUAACCUACUUGUUCUAUAAAUUUGCAGCAUCUGCCACAUUGUUUACUCCUAUGUUUUUUGUAAAUCCAUAAAUAAGUAUGACAAAUGGUUCUUUACUUUUACCAAAGUAUUGUUCACUUGUACGUUCGAUUGCGUGCAGCCAGCAGUAACAGCCUGGUUGAUCAGGUUCUGAUCCACCAGGAGGCCUAGUCACAGACCGGGCCGCGGGGGCGUUGACCUCCGGAACUCUCUCCAGGUAAACUCCAGGUAAUGUAAACAUUUGGUCUUCACAUACUCUAUCCUGUCUAAAUCCUUAUUCCUCUGCAAUAAUACCCCCAUGUUUUUCAGUAAUUCCGUUGUACACUUUAUCAAGUAUUUUAGUUAGGCUUAUUCUCCCAUAAUUCAUUCACAUGCAUGCACAUAAACUACGAUAAGGCUCUUAAGGGAGGGGCGAGUAGAAUCAUUCAUUUUUUUUUUUUAUCAGAUUUUAACCCUUUCAGGGUCCGUCCCGUAGAUCUACGGCUUUACGUUCAGGGUCCAAACCGUAGAUCUACGUCAUGAGCUCAGCUCACUCUGAUAAACUGUGAGUGGUACAUUUGGGCCUAGAUAUGAGAGAAUACAUCUAUGUGGUAUGUGUGCACCACAUAAAACAGAUCCUGCAGCACGCUGUGUAUAAUGAGAGAAAAAAACUGAAAUCAUGAUUUUUCGAUUAAAACAGCGACUUUGUAGUGUUUUUUCGUAUGUUUUUUAUAGUUGUAUUUGCGAUUUCUUGGUCUCAUUUGAUAGAAUGGAAGGCAUAUUACAGAAAUAGAGAUGAUUUUGAUUGGUUUUAGCACUGGAAAUGGCUUGAAACUGAGCUCAAAGCAGCGGAAAUGUUAAAUUUUUGCCGAUAUUCAAGAGUAAACAAACGACCUCACACAUCUAAUACACACCAACUGGUGGGUCUAAUAUACAUUCACAAAUAUGGUGAUGAUAUUUAUACAAUUAUUACAGUAUUGCAUAACAGUAAAUCUUCUAUUUUUUGGUGUGAAUAAAAAUUCAUUAUGUGAAUAAAAAAUCAAAAUGGAAUUUAUUUGUAAAGCCUCAAAACAUAACUAAUGAACAGAGGAAAUGUUAGUUUAGUUCCAGGAAUACCUACAUUGUUUAUUCUGGACCCCAUUUUGAAAUUGGAAUAUUUUGAACUUUGUGUUAAAUUGGCCAAAUUAACAAUUUCCGAUCACUUUAUUUCAUAGUUGAAACAGUUGACUUGGUGAUUUCUUGUGCUCAAUCGAUAGAAUAGAAGUAAUACUAGUGAAAUAGCUAAGAAUUUGGUUGACUGGAAUAAUGUAAUUGGCCUAAACUGGGAGUCAAAGUCAGCAAAAUCGCCGAUUCGUAAAUAUCGCUGACACAUCAAAAUUCGCGAGAGCAUAAUUUCGUCAGUUUUCCAUCAAAUUUUGUACUUUUUGUUUUAUUACCUUCACAAAAAGAUUCUCUACCAUUUCAUAAGAAAAAAUAACAAAUUUUUUUUUUGAAAAUUCUUGGACACUGGGGCACCACUUCAGAUUUGGGCCUUGGACCCUGAAGGGGUUAAUGGGAUUGUGACAAUGGAUUAAGCAGCUUAAAAAAACAUGUAGGCUGUGUUUGUUUUGACUGUUAGCCUUCAAGUUAGAUAGAAAAAAAAUAUUUUUGCACAAUUUUAUGGGUCCUAGGACUUUCCACUUUCUACUAAAUUGGGAAGAUGUACAGUGCUCUAGUUGACAUCAGAUGAAAGAUAAAGGCUAGAUUAAUAAUGACCCAGAACAGUUUAGCAAUAUUGUCAGUAGAUUCCAUUAAAAAAAAUGUUGAAGUUAUAUAUUUUUUUUUUUUUUUGAGGAGGAAAAAAAUAGUUUAACAAAAAGCUGUUCACAAUAUGGCAAAUCCUCUCUGGGUGUUUGUAGAACCACCAUUCCUCAAUAUUGUCUGCAAAAAUCAUGACAAUCCAAUGAAUACUUAUUGCAGAAGAUGGAUUACAAUGUCAAUAACUUAUUACUGAGUUUUUUUUUUUUGUGUGUGAAACUGUAGGGAAGUGGCGUGCCAAUUUUCAGCAUGCUGCAUCCCUCCUACCGUCUUUACAGCUUGCUGGCUACUGAGGGACUUAGUGUCUGCUCUCCACACACUAGCCAGCACACAAGUUGCCAUGUAGAGUAUUUACAAUGAAAUAAUCAUAAAAAUCGUAAUUUUGGGAGGUAAAAAAAAACUGUUAAUUGCCAAAAUGUAUUUUUGCUGACAGCAGAACAAAAAAAAAUACAUUUAAUGAAAAACAUAUUUAGAAAUAUGAUAGGAACAAGUUGAUUACAUCAAAAUGUUGCCAGAAUUUUGCACUAUUUUUCAGGAAGAAAACAUUUUUUCCAUAAUUUUUCAAUUUUGAUGUCCUGAUCACUUAAAGGCUCUCUCCUCCCUUAACCCUUUCAGGGUUUCGGCCGUACUAGUACGGCUUAUGAGCCAGGGUUUUUGACGUACUAGUACGCCUAAAUUCUAGCGCCCUGAAAUCUAGUGAGAGAAAGCUGAUAGGCCUACAUAUGAAAGAAUGGGUCUGUGGUCAGUGUGCGCGGUAUAAAAAAAAUCCUGCAGCACACAGUGUGCAAUGAGAAAAAAAAAAACGUUGACCGUGUUUUUGGAUUAAAACAGCGACUUUGCACUGCAUUUUCGUAUGGUAUUUAUUGUUGUAUUUUUAGUUUUCCUGGUCUCAUUUUAUAGAAUGGAAGACAUAUUACAGAAAUUAAGAUGAUUUUGACUGGUUUUACACAGAAAACUACCUUGAAAUUGCGCUCAAAGUAGCAGAAAUGUUCGAUUUUUACCAAAGUUCAAAAGUAAACAAAUCAUGCUAUGCAUCCAAUACACGUCAACUGGUGAGUCUACUAUUCUUUCACAAGUGCGCUGAUGUUAUUUAUACCAUUUCUACACCAAUGCAGUAGUCUACAUAACAGUAAAUCUUCUAUUUUUUUGUGAGAAUAAAAUCUCAAAGUGGAAAGCAAAAGAAUGUAAGAGGGGCAUGGGGACAUGACUAAUGAACAGAGGAAAUGUUAUUUUAGUGCCAGGAAUGUCUUUCUUAUUUAUUCUGGACCCUGUUCGGAAAUUGGCAUCUUUUGAAAUUUGUGUGAAAUUGGCAAAAUUGCUAAAUUCUGACCACUGUAUUGGAUAGUUGAAAUCGGUAAAUGGGUGGUUUCUUGUACUCAUUCGAUAGAAAAAAUGGAGUUCUAGUGAAAUAGUUAUGAUUUUUGUCGACAAGUACACUGAAUUGGCCGAAAAUAGGGCUCAAAGUGGGCAAAAUCGCCGAUGCGUAAACAUUGUCGAGACCACUAACUCCGCGAGAGCAUAAUUCCAUGAGUUUUCCAUCAAAUUUCAUACUUUUGGUGUCAUUAUGACCGGGAAAAGAUUCUCUAUCUUUUCAUGAGAAAAAAACUUUUUUUUUUUUUUUGAAAUUUGGCCAACCCUGAGAACAAGUCUAUGAGAGGGCCUGUCGACCCUGAAAGGGUUAAAGCAUGGAGAGAGGACCUAGUAGUGACCAGUGAAGAGGUGGGGCAGGGAGCUGUGAAUCAACCCCUGCAACCACAUAGAGGCAAGUGUACACAUGCACACAUACAUGUAUGCACAUGCAUGCAGAGCCACUUUCUAUGACUCGACCCUUGCAACCACAGUUAGGUGAGUACAUGCACACACUCACACUUUCUCUUCUUUUCUCUCUACUCCUACCAGACUUCAUUUCAUCUUUACCAGUGCAUGAAACAACUACCGUCUUUUCGUUACGAAUGCUCGAAAUCUUCUCUUUCUAGUACUUCCACCGCAGCAUCUAACAUCUCCCUAAUCCACGUUUCCUUCACUAGCUGUACAGCGUUUACCUCCCUUUAACUAUCCCUUUUAUAUCAUUCACUUUUAAUUAUUUUUAACCCAGUGACUCUCUUCCCUUUACUUUAUUUGCCUCUUACAGAAUAGCGAUUCAACAAUAUUUUGCUUUUAUUUGGUUAUUUUGCACAUUGUGUGGCACUGUGCACAAAUUAUCACAUGGCACUGAGCAAAUUAUGUGGCACUGCACAAAAUUUUUAUAGUACUGCACAUAAAUUAUACUGCAAUUCACAGAAAUGAUCAUGUGGCACUGCACACAUUAUCAUGUGUAGUAGCAGACAAAUUAUGUGCUACUACACAUGAAUUAUUGCAUAACUCUACAGAAAUUAUGUAUCACUGCACACAAAUUAUCAUGUGGCACUGCACAAAUUGUCUGGCACUGCACAUAUAUUAUGUUGUACUGCUACACACAUGCUAUGGCACUACUGCAUGCACAUGCACAUGCACACACACACUUUCUCUCUGAAGAUUGGCUCUGUCUUUCUCAUAUUUAUGUUCUUAAUCUAAACAAAAGAAAAGAAAAUUUGAUUUGAUUUGUGGAGGGAAACUGUCUCGUAUGGUUAUUUUCAGUAGAAAAAAAAAAAGCAAGAAGAGGGAAUGAUAAACAACAGCAUUCAGAAAUAUGUAACUAUUAGCUACAGUACUGAUGCAUUUGUAUAUAGUGUGAAGCUGAGAAAUAUGAGACAAGAAAUAACUAAAAUAAAACUGCAGUAAUACAGGACUCUUGUUGAAUGAGGAUUGUUAAUACACUGUAAAAUGGAAAUUAAGACAGUAUUUUGUUAACCCUAUGAUGGUUGCACUGAUGACAAACAAUGCCUUUCCUCCAAUUAUAUGAAAAAGGCAGCAAAAGAUCAGUGUAAAUUGCAGUACAGUAUACUCUCUCACAAAUAUUGUAGGUUUAGCACUUCAUUUUUUAUUAUAAUAAUCCCUCACAAAUAUUUUAAAGAUGUCCUAUGUUUUUCUUUUGCAAUUAGCAAUUCAUUGCCACUGCAAUUUUCUCAUCCUCAGAGCAUUAGUGACUCUCUCCCUUGGCUCACUGAUGCCUCUGUAAUAUAUUAACUGCUGCCCAUGGAAAGGGUAGGCUGUCUGCAUUUAACCCUUAAACGGUCCAAAUAGAUCAACGUUCAAAUUCGUAGUGCUCCAAAAGUAGCUCUACUUUUUUUUACAUAUUUUCAAAUAUAACAAAAAAAAAUGUAGAUAAAAGUUUUUUUUACACGUUUUCAAAUGUAAAACAAAAAAGAAGAUCUACAUUUUUUACAUACUUUCAGAUGUUGAAAAAACGUAUAUAUAUGUUUGGACCGUUUAAGGGUUAAAAUUCAUUUGUACAUUGUAUUUGUUGAAACCUUUAUAAAAUUAUCACAAAGUCUGCUAUAUUGCUGCUAUUCUAGCAGAACAUUGCGCCACAAUUCCUGAAUAGAUUAUACACCUUUGUAAUCUUUUGAUUACUGCCUUUAGGUUAGGUAUGGUUUACAUAAAGUUUUCAAGUAAUAUACAGCAUUAUAAUAAAAAUAUAUAUACGGUUCUGUAUAGUAAGUAUAAUACUGUAUAUGCAGAAAAUGUACUGUAAUAUGUACCAGCUGGAUAUAUUGUCAAGGGCAGACUGGCAGCAGAGUGAUAGUGAUGUACAUAUGUCUGUCAUAAGUGACCAGUUGGUUAAGUGAAGUCACUAGAGGAGAGAUUAGUGAUGCAUACAUAGGGUGCAGUUAAUACAUCUUUUCUAACCUAUGAAUGAUUACACUUGUGCCCUGCAUUAUUUAUAAAGAUAUGGAACAAUAACAUUUAAAAAUUAAAAAUCUAUACAUCUCCCCAGGAAGCAUAAUUUCAUACAUUGUAUUAACAUACUUCGGCUUCACUGCAUAAGUAAAUUGUAGGAAAAAGUAUUAUAAUAAUUAAUUCUCACUCUUAUUCGUUAUUGAGAAACAAUUCCAAGAAAUCAGUGCAAAAUUUCAGAAGGUUAAAAUAUUCAUCAAAUGAAUUGAUGAUGAUGUGCUUACCUGAGUGCAUUGUGUAGUGAGGCAUGUACAACAGUCAGUCUGUUGUAUAGAAGGGCAGAGGCCCAUGGAAUAGAAAAACUAAUACUAAGCUAAUAUUUUUUGUGACUUUGAACUGCUCUGUGCUAAAUUGUUAGUAUUAUAUUUAGGGGACCUUGUGGCUUAGCGCUUCUUUUUGAUUAUAUUUAGGGGAUAGAAACCUAUAUGGUCAUACAGUGCCUGGAGAAUGGGAGGCAGUCAGGUUAGAUCCAAGGCAGGGGAGGACAAGUUCAGUUAUUUAGAUCAAGAGUCCCUCAUCAGCAUGAAGGAACAUCCCUUGAGGGGCUCAUGUGUUAAAGCAUAAUAACUACACAGUUGAAAAUCAGUCUUCACUAAGGACCUUCCUUAAUGACUUGUGUGUUCAAGAGAUUUUUAAACAUAACUUCCCUUAAUUGAUGCCAGUGAGGGGGCUCUUGAUCCAAGGAAAUGGGCCUGACCUUCCCUUCCUUGGAUCAAACCUGUACAGUCUGAAAAAAAGGUCUGGAAAGGGAUGAAUAAGACAGUUUAAUGAUAUUUAUUAGGGAAUUUAGAAAAUACAAAACAUUAAUAUCCAGUCAUUUAAACUUUUGAUUUCAUUACAUUAUUCAUUACAUUAUUACAUUAUGGUAUACAAUAGGUGGCAAACUUUUUUUCAUGUUUCAUACCAAAGAUUUUUUUGUGGAGACUGUAUAAUCCUCUACUGGUUUAGCACUUCCCCUCCCCUGAAUAUAAUAAAUAAUUUAAAUAUAAAUUAUGAGCAUAUUGCCCUCCAGAAAAGUUGCCAGUAUACUUAGUGAUAAGACUAGUGAUACACUACAAAUAUGACUAAUGGGAUCUUAAAAGCAGUAAAUGUUUUAAGAAAAAUGUAAUGAUUAUCUUAUCACAGUAAUCUAAUGUCCACAUACAUUUGCCAACCCUGUAUCACUGAUAUGUUGGAGAGAUUGAAUAAUAUCAGAAUUAUAUGUUGUUGCUGAUCAUUUUAAUAUUAUAGAGAGAAUUACCAACAGACCCAUAGCUGUCUUCAAGAGGGAACUUAAUUAAUGGGUUCCUCCAAACAGUUCAUGAUCAGCCAGACUGUGAUGCUUAGUAUGUUGAACUGCCUGCUCCUAGUACCAGUAGUCUGACUGCCUAGGCUAGUAACUAGGAGGGCUGGUCAUGGCAGCAGUAACCCACAGAACCAUUAACAGGUAGACAGCAGGUAGGUGUUUGCAGUGAAUUAACUGUGACUGUGACUGUCACUAGCAAAUGAAGCACAGAUGAAAUAACUGAUGUAUCUAUAUGCACACCAUGUGUCCUGUACAAACUUUCCUUUAAAUGACUUGCUAAUCUCUUGAAUUUAUUUAAGACAUAUUAAAUAAGUAAAUUUAAAGCUGUAAGAGGCUUUUGAGCUAAUUUAAACAUUUUCCAAAGAAUACAUAUUGUCUGGCAGCUGUCACUUGAUUGUAAUGAGGCAACACUCAAUGACUCAGGAGAGCUUAGUGUUUUGUGAGAGUAAUGAGUGUAAUGAGCAGUUAGUGGAGUUAUGUUCUUGGCAAUUUUUGAUCUUUAAUUUUGUUCAGUGGCUUACCAUUAAUGAGGUUGCAGUGUUGAUUUUGUUACGAACAUAGCCAGUUGGUUCCUGGGUUAUAGUGCUUUUCGUAGCAAACUAACAAACUUAGCACGUCUAGGGGUCUUCACUUGUAGAGGAAAAGGAAUUUUUUUAGUUUCUAUUUAAUUUAUUAAUAACCGUAAUAACCACUUAAAUCAACUUUCUCAUAUUUUGCACUAUGAGUAGAACACUUGUCCCACUCCUCAUUAAAAUAUCACAGUACUAGGUUGAGUAUUUACAAAUGGCUUUGAGUGAGUCAGGAAAUAUCAGUACAGUGGACCCCCGGUUAACGAUAUUUUUUCACUCCAGAAGUAUGUUCAGGUGCCAGUACUGACCGAAUUUGUUCCCAUAAGGAAUAUUGUGAAGUAGAUUAGUCCAUUUCAGACCCCCAAACAUACACAUACAAAUGCACUUACAUAAAUACACUUACAUAAUUGGUCGCAUUCGGAGGUGAUCGUUAUGCGGGGGUCCACUGUAUAUGUACAUGCACAGGCAUUGCUUAAAAACUCGAACACCACAUUGAUAGUGCUCUUACAUAAAGUUCACUCUGCAAUAAGCCCUCUUACAACACCGAGGCUUGCUUACUUGGUUUCACUUUCUCUUAGAGCUUCUCAACCACCUUCUCCAACCGAGAAAAGCCUUAGCAAUGAGUUUACGAAAAUUCCUGGUAUUUUCUAGGGAAGCGAAUGGUGGUUUAGAGGUGGAUAUUUCCCUAGACCCUUCCUGGCCCAGAGGAAGGUAUGAACUGAACAAAGUAAGGCUUUACCAGCCAACUUUGACUCGGUUGGAGCAGGGGUUGAGCAGCUCAAAACACCUACUGGUGCUUGGCCAGGUCGCACCAGCAGUUUAGACUAAAUAACCUAUCUAUGUACAAAGCUUAGUAAUACGACCAGAUAACAUUAUAAAGCCGAGUAAAUCCAUUUUAGCUACUAAUGGAAUUACUCCUGAAUAUAAUAUUAAGUGAAAUAGCAAAAAUAACAUGUAAAAGUAUACCAUUGCGAUAAUAACAAGUAGAAACUGUCUACUUAAAAUGGACAAAAGGGUGUAACAAUUUACUCUUGUUGUUUGUUACUGGCAUAUAAAAAAAUUAGACUUCAAGACUGGAAAAUAUUUUUAUUUUAAAGGCAGUGAAGGAAUUGGACUUGUCCUCCCCUUCCUUGGAUUGAGCCUUAAUGCUUCCCAUAUUCCAAGCAGUGUGACCUUAAUGGAUUAUUGCUCUUCACCUAAAUGUAAUAAUGAAGUUAAAAUAAAACCAACUACCAACAGGGUGAAUACUCUACAUAUACAAUUUUUUUAUUUAACAUACUGGCUGUCUCCCAUUGAGGUAAGGUGAUCCUCUUUAUCAGGUCACCCUAUCUUAGUGGGAGACUGCCGGUGUAUUAAAAAAAUCAAAGUCAAUGCAUAUGUAUAUCUACUAAAUUUAAUCCAGUAUUGCAAAUGCAGUACAGAUACAUAUUUCUAAACCUUUUUUAAUUGCACAUUUGAUAUGAUGGAGUAUAUUACACUUGUUUUUGCACCUAAAGUUGAAGAUGUCAACAGGGGCUGUUGAUUCAAGGAAUUAGACCUUCCCUCUCUUUCCUUGGAUUAAUCCUGAUUGUAUCCCAUUACCCAGACACUGUAUGGCCCCAUUAGAUUUAGCAUCUCUCCAUAAAUAUAAUAACCUCCCUUGAAGUACCCACUGCUUUUAAGGCAGAUCAUGGGAUCUUGGUGUAUGAAACCUUAAGAGUUUUGAGAAGCAAGCCAAAUGCUUUCACUGUUGCAAUAACUCACCGAAAAUCGGUUUGAAGGUCAUAAUAUAUUUAAUUAACCCUUUGACUGUCAGUCACGUGAAACUACAUCAUUAAUGUGAGGGUCAGUCACGGAGACCUACAUCAUGAGCUCAGCUUGCUCAGCAGCACUGUAUGACCCUUGUGGGUUUAGCUCUUACUUUUGAUCAUCAUAAUCAACUCACUUAAAUAAGCGGUAAGCAGUAAAUUUUGGCCUAGAUAUGAGAGAAUGGGUCUGUGUAGUGAGAAUGCACAAUAUUAAAAAAGAAAAUCCUGCCUCAUGCAGUGCAUGAUGUAAAAAGCAAAACUUUGACCUUGUGUUUGGUUUAAAAUUACGACUUUGAGGGGUUUUCUAGGAUAGUUUCAUGAUUGUAUUGGCAGUUUCUUUGUAUUAUUUGAUAGAAUGAAAGACAUUUUAUUGAAAUAGAGAUGAUUUUAGUUGAUUCCAUGACUGGAAGUUGCUUGAAAUCAGCCACAAAGUAGCAGAAAUAUUAGAUUUUUUGCCAAUAUUCCUGAGGAUGGGUAAGGUCCUCCCCUCCCUACACCUCUUCCUACCCGGUGUGUUUUAUGGUUUUUUUGCUAGGUGUGAUUCAGUUAUUGGGAUGCCAUAAAUCAUGGUAAAGCAUUUUUUGUUAUAUUUUAUUAUCCAAGAAAUAGGAUACAUCUUUGAUGUUUUUUUGUGAUAUCAAAACUGAAGGCAAGUGUAAUAUAGCAGAGGCCUUAGAAUUGUUUUUGCAAAGAGAAAAAUUUUUAGUGUUUGGAAUGUGUAGUGUUUAUUUUGGACUCUUAAUUUUUUGCAUAAAAUUUGCCAAAUUACCGAAUUCUGUGCACUUUUAGGAAAAUUUUCAGAUUAAUAGAUGUUUUCUUGUACUCAACUGAUAGAAUCUAAGGUAUACUAGCAAAAUAGCUAAGAAUUUGGUCAGAUUGAACAAUGACAUGAGUUUAAAAUAAGCCUCAGUCGGUGAAAUCACCAAUGAGCAAAAUGUGCCUAGCUGCAGCUGACUGCUAACUUUGCGCCUACUUAAUUCCGUAACUUUUCCAUCAAAUUUCGUAUUUUUAGUGUCAGUACCUUCAGGAAAAAGAUUCUCAUUUCAGUUUUUUUUUUUUAAUGUGGUCACUGAACACUUUUAAUUUUGUAGGUCUGGACAGUGAAAGGAUUGAAUAAUUAGAGUAGGCUGACCUAUGAUUAGUAAGAUUAUGCUAAAUUAUAUUAAAUUAAUUUUAGAAAGGUUAGGCAAAGCAUCUAUGCUUAUUUUUACCCUGAAUGAAAAAAUCAUUUCUACCACAAAAAUCUGUUUAUCAGUAAGAAUUUUUUUAAAAACUAUUUCUAAGGCAGGUUGGCUUGUCUGACUGGCCAGCUAAGCUGCAUGACAAUUUGACAAAUUUAAUAUAUAUUCCCCAACCAAAAAUAUAAAAUUAUUUAGAAAACAUAGUAAUCCAAGUGGUGUUAGCCUAAUUGUAUUUUGAAUACAGUAAAUUGUUAAUAAACAUUGAAACAGACUUCCCUAAGAUUUGUCAAGCCAGAUCGGAGACAGUUAUGGAGGUCACUCUAAGAGGCACGUAAGUAUCCCCGUCUUUUAAUAACGUUUAUUUUUCCACUAUAAUCUACUUUGUCCAUAAUUACUGUCACAUUUGCUUUGUCUGUUUCGUAAGGUGAAGUCCAGGAUUUUUCCUUAAUUCAUGGUAUAACUUAACAAAUCUUUGAGAACAAUUGUGUUGUUAUACCAUGAAUAAGGAAAGAUCCUAGACAUCAUCUUACGAAACAGACAAACCAGAUGCGAUAGUAAUAAUGGAAAAGGUAGAUUAUAGUGGGAAAACGAACAUGUUAUUAGAAGAUGGGGGAACUGACGUGUCACAUUAAACUCUUGAUUCGGAAUUCAGGUUAAGUCUUCUCUUCAAAUGCAAUAUUGUACUGCACUCAGGAAUAAGAGAGAAUACUGCAAAUUUGCUUGGUGCGAUAUUUUUAAUUUAUUAAAAUAUUUUUAAUUUAUUAAAAUCUGUGAUAAUGUUCAAAAUAUCAGUAACAAGCCUCCUAUUUGCAUGUACAGUGGACCCCCGAGUUUUGGCAGCCUCGACUUUCACAAAAUUUGACCUUGGGCGAGUUUUUUUUUUGAAAAAUUUGGUCUCGAGUUUCGUGAAAAAACUCGUGUUUUGGCGACCGUCCGGUACCCGUCUGCCUGUCACCGCGCACACAGAGCCAGUCUCCCACGCCAUUCACGCUUAGUGUGCCAUUGUUUACCAACACGUGACCAUCACCCCGCAGAUUCAUACAAUACAUUUCAUAAUAAUCUAUUGUUUUUUGUGCUUGCAACUGCUAAAUAAGUCAUCAUGGACCCAAGGAAAGCUAGUGCAAGCCCUUUGGUAAAUAAAGUGAGUGAUGAGGAUGUGGAAGAGUUGGUGGAGGACCACAGGGAAGAGCUAACUGACGAACUGCAAGAGCUUCAACUGGAACAGCAUCAGACCAGCUUCAGAGGAGGAGGAAGAGGGUGUGGAUGAGGUACCUUCUUCAGUGAUUAAGGACAUGUGUGGAAUGUGGAAUGAGUUGCAAAGUUUUGUUGAAAAGUAUCACCCUGACCAAGCUGAAACAAGCCGUAUCUGCAACAUAUACAAUGACAGUGUUGUGUUCCACUUCAGGGAAAUCUUAAAUAAAUGCCAGAAAAAGACCUCUCUGGAUAGAUAUUUUGUGCGCCAGGGGUCCAGUGACUCUCAUGUUGUUUCCAGUGGCAUUAAAAGAAGAAGGGAAGUAACCCCAGAUAAGGACUUGCUACCUAAAGUCCUAAUGGAAGGAGAUUCUCCUUCCAAACAAUAGUGUACACCUUCCUCUUAUCACCUCCUCCCAUCUUCCAUCCACCCAGAAGUCUUCAGUAAAGGUAAGUGUAAUGUUGUUAUUAUUUACUUUAAAUGCAUGUACUUGAUUUCUGAUUGUUUUCAUUAUGUAAAUCUUUAUUUAAUUUGAAAAAAAUAUUUUAAUAUUUUUGGGUGUCUAGAACGGAUUAAUUUUAUUUUCAUUAUUUCUUAUGGGGAAAAUAGUUUCGAGUUUAGUGAAUUUUGACCUUCGGCGGGCUCUCUGGAACGGAUUAAUCACGAAACUCGGGGGGGGGGGGGGGGUCCACUGUACUUGAUAUUCUUUUAAAAUGCCAUGUUAGAAAGAUUUCAUUUUUUUUUUUUUUUUUUUUUUUUACACCAAAGCCAACAUUGUGCACAACAUUUCACAUGAAGACAUACCGUUUUCAUAAUUUAUUAGUGCUUUAUUAAAAUUCAUUAUAAUUUCCACAAAGUUUCUUUUUUGGCAGAAUUUUGCUGUAUUUUACAAUGCCUGUAAUUAUUGUAAACUGUUUUUUUUUCAUAUUGAAAUGCUAUGCAUUUUCAGUACUGUAUUACAGUACUAUACAUAAUAUGGAGACAGGAAUUAUGUAUGUCAAGUUACUCGGCAGAAAUAUUAAAUUAAUAUCAAGUGUCAUAUUUCAUUUUUAUUUAAAAAUUGGAUAUGUGCAAUAAAUAGCAUAUAUAUUUUUUUAUCUUG